AUGGCUACUAGAACGCAAUUCGAAAAUUCAAACGAGGUGGGUGUUUUCUCCAAGCUGACCAACUCGUACUGUUUGGUGGCGCUCGGUGGGUCCGAGAACUUCUACUCUGCCUUCGAGGCGGAGUUGGGCGAUGCCAUCCCCAUUGCUCACACCACGAUCGCGGGAACCCGGAUCGUCGGGCGGAUGACAGCUGGUAAUCGCCGAGGACUUCUGGUGCCUACACAGACAACAGAUCAGGAAUUACAACACCUGCGGAACAGCCUGCCGGACGAGGUGAAAAUCCAACGUGUGGAGGAAAGACUGUCGGCUCUGGGGAACGUAAUCUGCUGCAACGACUACGUUGCGUUGGUGCAUCCGGAUAUCGACCGUGAGACUGAAGAGCUGAUUGCAGACGUUUUGGGUGUGGAAGUUUUCCGUCAGACCAUCUCGGGCAACGUGCUGGUGGGUUCGUACUGUGCGCUCAGCAACCAGGGAGGUAUCGUGCACCCACAAACGAUGAUCCAAGACCAAGAGGAGUUGUCGUCUCUGCUACAGGUACCGCUUGUGGCUGGUACCGUGAACCGUGGUUCAGCCGUGGUGGGCGCGGGAAUGGUGGUGAACGACUACCUGGCGGUGACCGGGCUGGACACGACUGCGCCAGAGCUGAGUGUGAUUGAAAGCAUAUUCCGUCUGCAGGACGCCCAACCGGACGCGAUUGCCGGCAACCUGCGCGACACGCUGAUCGAGACCUACUCGUGA